AUGUGGCAUAGCGGGCCAGUUGGAGACGUGUUUAUUGUAAAGGUCAGAGAAAUGCAAAACCCUGCCCUAAAUACCAUCUGUCACAUCCAUUCAGUUAUAGAAAAUCAAGAAAAGACACUAACUGAAAAAUUGGAAGGUCAAAAAUCAGUAGGACCUUUCUCUUGGAUAAAACUAAUACAGCAGGGGGCGCAGCUACUUAAUCUAACCAGUCCAGGCAAUUACAAUGACUGUUUCUUAUGUGCAUAUCUUAACAGGCCACCAUUGACUGCUGCUCCUCUUCGACAACCCCUCACCAUUUCCAAAGCCCAAACCCAGAAUCCUUUUCUCUCCAAGGUGUUCCGCUGUUCCAGGACACAUCCAUCAGAGCACGGGAAUGCUACGGACCACCUAGUUCCUGCAAUCAGACGUUGCCAUCCUCUGGAUCCAUCACCAGCCCGCAGGGAACUUUCUUUUGGUGUAAUGGGACUCUACCUGUCGGUAAACCAUAGCACCCCAGCCCCUUGCUAUCUCGUGGCCUUAGCCCCCCAGCUUGCCUUAUAUCAACCGGGCGAGUUAAAUACCCUGCUUGCCCAAGAACAUCAGAAGCGAGCAGUCCUCCCCCUAAUGGUCUGGUUAAGUUUCGCCACUUCAGCCAUUGGAUCCGAACUGGGCAGUAUAGGACUAGCAGUCAGCCUCCAAUGCACUAAGGAGCUCCGGGAAGAGUUAAAUCAGACCAUGGACACCUCUGCACUAUCCAUGGCCUCACUGCAGAGGCAAAUAACUUCCCUAGCUCAGGGUGCCCAGCAAAACUGGCGGGCAUUAGACUUACUUACUGAGGAAAAGGGGGGAACUUGUCUUUUCCUCCAGGAAGAAUGCUGUUACUACAGGAACGGAAGUGGAAUAGUAGAAGAAAAUAUUAGCAAACUAAAAGACAUUCGCCAGAGAUUGGGGAGCAUCAGCUCCCCUGCCGAAAACCACUCUUGGUGGCAAUCAGUCCUUUUUCCUAUUUUAGCCCCUAUUUUAGUCCCUUUUGUCAUUCUUUUCUUUGUAUUAACUAUAGGACCCUGUUUACUGCGCACGGUAGUGCAACAGAUACCGGACAGUAACCGGACGAGCUGCCGCCAAGAUCCUUUCUUUCCAGAGACAUCACUACCGGAGAUUACCGCAAAUGGAGAGUGA